UUUGAUGUUUGCUAUAAAUUAUCGUUAUUUCGUUAAUUCCAUCCUUUCAUUCUCAGUCAAACCAAGCUUCCUUUGUUCAAAAGGGGAAAAGCAAAGGCAAGUUCCAGAGACAACUGUGAUUAAGCAGAGAUUCAGUCACCGGAAAGCAUACCGGAGGAAUCUACUGCGAUUCCCGCGGCGGAGCAAUGAAUUGGGAAGACGAUGAGGAGAAGCAGUCGCCGUCGCAGAGGCCGGAGUGGUCGGACGUCAGUCCUCUCCCUCAAGACGACGGUCCAAACCCUGUGGUUCCAAUCGCUUACAAGCCGGAGUUCGUCGAGACAAUGGACUACUUCCGCGCCAUCUAUCGCGCCGAUGAGCGAUCCCCUCGCGCCCUUCAGCUCACUCACCAAGCCAUCCUCCUGAAUCCCGGCAACUACACUGUAUGGCAUUUCAGGCGUUUGAUACUGGAGACAUUAAAUAAAGACCUGCAUCAGGAACUUGAUUAUGUUUCCAGGAUUGCUGAGAAGAAUUCUAAAAAUUAUCAGAUAUGGCAUCAUAGACGCUGGGUUGCAGAGAAACUCGGUCUUGAUGCUGCUGAUAGAGAACUUAAGUUCACUGAGAAGAUACUCUCUGGUGAUGCUAAAAAUUAUCAUGCGUGGUCACAUAGGCAGUGGGUUCUGCAAUCUCUGGGGGGAUGGGGUGAUGAGCUAGAGUACUGCCGCCAGCUACUUGAAGAGGAUAUUUUCAAUAACUCAGCCUGGAAUCAGAGAUACUUCGUCAUAAUGAAAUCACCUCUCCUGGGAGGCUUGCAAGCCAUGAGAGAGUCGGAAGUGAAGUACACGGUUGCAGCCAUUCUAGCUAACCCUGAGAACGAGAGUCCAUGGAGGUAUCUCAGAGGCCUCUACAAAGACGACCCAAAGUCAUGGAUUCAUGAUCCUCAAGUCUCGACCGUUUGCCUGAAGUUAUUGAGUAGUGGAGGUACCACCAACCAUGUAUUCGCUUUGAGCACUGUUCUCGAUCUUCUAAGUCACGGUUUCCAGCCAAGCCAAGAGUUGAGAGAAGCAGUGGAAGCCUUGAAUUUCACUGGUUCACGUCCAGAUUCACAGGAGAGCAUCGGCUUGGGAAAUGUAGUUUGUUCUGUGUUGGAACAUGCUGAUGCCAUGAGGGUCAAUUAUUGGAGAUGGCGGAAAAGUCAGCUGACUAUGUAGAACUGAUAUGAAUCUGAUGGAACUGUUUGUCAACUACUUGUUCUUUCUUGCUUCUGCAAACUCAGUCUUUUCUACUGAUGUUCCAUGCUUGAUUAAUAUGCAUUUCCAUGUUAAAAAGUAAGGGAAAAGGAGGAACAGAAUUGAAUAGAACACGCCUUUGAUCUAAAGAUUUAAUCCUA